AGGAGAACAAUGAAGGCCGGCUGCAGCAUCGUGGAGAAGCCAGAGGGAGGCGGAGGCUACCACUUCCCCGACUGGGCCUACAAGACGGAGUCCAGCCCGGGCUCCCGCCAGAUCCAGCUCUGGCACUUCAUCCUGGAGCUGCUGCAGAAGGAGGAGUUCCGCCACGUCAUCGCCUGGCAGCAGGGAGAGUACGGGGAGUUUGUGAUCAAGGAUCCCGACGAGGUGGCGCGGCUGUGGGGCAGGAGGAAGUGCAAGCCCCAGAUGAACUACGACAAGCUGAGCCGGGCCCUCAGAUACUAUUACAACAAGAGGAUCCUUCACAAGACCAAGGGGAAGAGGUUCACCUAUAAGUUCAACUUCAAUAAGCUGGUGAUGCCCAACUACCCGUUCAUCAACAUCCGGCCCAACGGUGUUGUCCCGCAGAGCGCCCCUCCUGUCCCCACGGCUUCCUCCCGGUUCCAUUUCCCUCCGCUGGACAGCCACUCUCCCACCGAAGACCCCCAGCCGAACCGCUUCUCGACCCGGUCCCUGGUGCCGCCGGGCCAAGAGUCCCUGAACAACCACCACGGCAGCGGCAGCAGCCUCGGCGAGAAGUCGUCCCCGGGGCCGGAGCUGGACGGCGGCUCUCCCGACUGGAGGCGUGGGGUGGACCUCCUGCCCGCUCGCAGCGCGGCCUCCGGGGCGGCCGGAGGCGGCCCCCCCAAGCGCAAGCCAGACCUGGUGCUGCCUCUCUUCAGCCGGCCGGGGAUGUACCCCCACGACCCCCACAGCCCCUUUGCCCUCUCCCCGCUCCCAGCCCGCGGAGGCCUCUUGAGCGUCCCGCUCUCCCCGGCCUUGUCCCUGACGCCCACCCUCUUCUCCUACAGCCCCUCCCCGGGCAUGAGCCCCUUCCCGGGCGGCGGCAGCUGCUUCUCCUUCAACCCCGACGACAUGAAGCACUACCUCCACUCGCAGGCCUGCUCCGUCUUCAACUACCACCUCAGCCCCAGGACCUUCCCCCGCUACCCCGGGCUCCUGAUCCCGCCUCUGCAGCGCCAGGCGCCCCCGGAGGAACAGCCCCCCUUCCCCAUCAAGCUGCAGCCCCCACCGGCGGGGCGCAAGAACCGAGAGAGGCCGGAGAGUGGCGGCGGGGGCGGGGCGGGGGCGUCGCAGGCCCCUCCCCCCUUGUCUCCCCAAGUCAAGAGGGAGCCUCUUCUGGACACGGAAGCGGAGAGCAGAGAUUCCCCCGAGGAGAAGGAGGACCAAGGGGGCGAGGAGGAGGAGGAGGGUGGGGCCAGCCAGGAAGUGGGGGAGGCUCUGUUUGCCAGGCCUGUGGCCCCCUCGUGGCCCGUGGCCCCGCCCGCCCCGGCCCCCUUGCCAGCGAGUGAAAAGCAGAAGGGAGAGGAAGGCGGGGGCGAGAGGAGCCCCCCGGAGCCCACGGGGGACCUGAGUGCCCAGGAGAAGAGGGAAGAUGCGGCGAUGCCGCCCAAGCUGCGCCUCAAGCGCCGUUGGCAUGGCGACCGGCAAGCGGACUUCCUGGAGGAGGGCUGGGGCAGGAAGCCCUUCUGGGGGGAAGGUCCCCUGAGCAACCCGCACGGCCUGGCGGCUCCGGCGGCAGCGGCGGCAGAUGCGUAGGCCAGCGGAGGAGGCCGGGGGGGUGGGGGGUCCUAAUG